GCUUUGGGUUUUCUUGAAAAAUUCCAUGGCAGCAGCUGGCUAUGGCGGAGGAGGAACGAUGCAGCAGCGGCGUGGCGGGGCGGGCAGGUACCAAUCUCUCUUCUACAGAGACUUGAAUCUCGCCGCCGCCGGCACUCGCGCUUCCGGGGCGCAAUCCUCCUCGUCUGGAGCAGCGGCGGCGGCGGGAUCUUCCUCCUGGCGCGACAAUGUAGGCGGCGGCGCGGAUCCACCGCCUCCGCCCUGCUUCACGCUCGAGGACCGCAUCGAUCGCACCCCGUCGGAGACACUGCUGCCCCCUCCCGCCGCCGGCGAGUAUCGCUCCCCGGAUGGAUUGGCUUCCAGAUUCUCGGACAGCAAAUCGCCUCUCAAGACUCCGCAAUCCGGGGCGUCGAGAAGAAGCGGCGGAUUGUUUGGAGAUUUCCAGUCCCCCGGGUUCGCUCCUCCAUCCUCCUCGCCGCCCUCGGCGUGGUGGUCUUCUUCGGCGGCUAUGAGGGAUUGGAGCGGCCAUAGCGAUGGCGAGCGAGAGAACUUACAUACUGGCACCACUGGGAUCCAUCACCACCAUCUCCAUCACCAGGCCGAGCCACAGUCCGGGCUCCUCACGCUCCCGGCACCUCGCCAGAUCAUUCGUCCGGAUAUCCAGAGAAGCGCUGCGUUGCCCGACGCUGGGGAAGAAGGAGACGAAUGGGUGACAAUCUAUGGUUUUCCCGGAGAGGACACCAACUUAGUUCUUCGAGAGUUUGAGAAAUGCGGUCCAAUUAUCAAGCAAGUUGCCGGCCCCGCGACUUCCAACUGGCUCCAUAUCCAGUACCAGUCUCGGCAGGACGCACAAAAGGCGCUGGCGAAGAAUGGAAUGCAGCUCUAUGGAGCGCUGAUAAUCGGUGUCAAGCCCGUUGAUCCGUUGCAAAGGCAAGCGUUGAUGGACAAGGCCCAGAGGAGCUCGGGGCUUUCGGUGCCACACCCAAAGGCCUCGGCCAAAGGAAUGGCGUCCGCUCAAACAGCUGCUCGACCGUAUUACCUCCACUCGGACUCGUCGCUUGCUCGACCAGCGUCGACCAUCGCAUCGCCCACGAAAUCGCUAUUGUCUAAGGUGGUGGAUCUGGUGUUUGGGUUUUGACUCGUCGCUUUUAUUUGUGAGUGAGGCGAAAGCUCAGCUAUCUUCGGCAGCUUUAGCUUUCAGGACCUCGUAUCUCCAGCCAUAGCCCGAUUGGCUGCCAUCUAAGUAGAGGACUGCGGUGUGGUACCUGGAGAACAGGCAUUGUGAUUCUUAAACUCAAAAAGAGAACUUGAUGAACUUGACGUG